AUGUAUGUAUUCUAUUCUACUAUUCUUUUCUCUCAUCUACCACUGACUCUCUCUUGCAUCUACCAUUCUCUAUCUCUCAUCUACCACUAUCUCUCUCUCAUCUACCACUAUCUCUCUCUCAUCUACCACUCUCUUUCUCUCAUCUACCACUCUCUUUCACUCUCUAUCAUUUACCCCCCUCUAUUUCUCUCAUUUAACACCCUCUCUCAUCUACUAUUCUCUUUCUCUCCCAUCUAUCACUCUCUCAUCUAUGACUUUCUCUCAUCUACUACUCUCUUUCUCUCUCACUUACCACUCUCAUUCUGUCUCUCUCAGCUACCAUUCUCUUUCUCUCAUCUACCACGCGCGCUUUCUCUAUCAGCUACCUCUCUCUCUCUCUCUCUCUCUCUCUUUCUCUCUCUCUCUCCAUCCAUUUCUAUCGGUUGGAUUGGAGUAUCUAUCUAUCUAUCUAUCUAUCUAUCUAUCUAUCUAUCUAUCUAUCUAUCUAUCUAUCUCAUGUUGUCUUUUGAAGUCUUCAUAUAUUCGUACAUACAUUCGCACGUAUUCUUUCUUUUCCCUUUCUCUCUCUUACUCGAUUUUCCCUUUUGCUUUGCCAACACUGGUGUAGCAACGAUCACUCUCAGACAAUUCUUAGACAAAGGUGACAUUGCAAUUCGCUUACUUUCGGUAAACAAGAAAGUGGCGUCGGCCUUAGGGUCUCUCGUCUUUGGUUUUUCUAUCUAUCUAUCUAUCUAUCUAUCUAUCUAUCUAUCUAUAACUACUCACUAUCUAUCUAUCUAUGACUGCUCAUUACCUUGCUCAUUAUCUAUCUAUCUAUCUAUCUAUCUAUCUAUCUAUCUAUCUAUCUAUCUAUCUAUAACUACUAACUAUCUAUCUAUCUAUCUAUCUAUCUAUCUAUCUAUCUAUCUACUUAUAACUACUCACUAUCUAUCUACUUAUAACUACUCACUAUCUAUCUAUCUAUAA